AUGGCGGGGCCCAAGGGACAGACCCCCGCGCCUGGCGCGUGGCGGGCCGCGGAAAGCGCGGCUCAGAGCCUGCGCCGCCCCGUGCCGUUCCUUCCUGGUCUCCUGCCCCUUCUUGCUCCAGGGCCUCGAGCCGUUAGCAGCACGGCCCGGGUCCCUGGCGCCCCUGCCCCCAUCCUGGUCCCCGGCGCCCCGGUCCCCAUCCCGGUCCCCGGCGCCCCGGCCCCCACCCUGGCCCCCGGCCCUAGCCCCCGGGGCGGCCCAGCCUCCGCGGCCUCUGAGGCGCUGGCUGUGCCGCAGGUGGACGCGCCGCCCGCCGAGGGCCCGGAGCGGGAGCCGCGGCCGAGCGUGGAGAGCCGGGAGCCGCCGCAGGCCGAGGAGGGCCGCGAGGAGGAGGCCGGCCGCGAGCCCAGAAGUCAGGUCUCUAGCCCCUCUGUCGCCACCUCCAGUGCCAACCGCCCACUGCUGAUGCUGGAAGAGAAGUCAGGACCCUACUUUUCCUCUCUGGACUCGAGCAUUGACAUCCUGAAGAAGAGGGCCCAGGAGCUGAUUGAAAACAUCAACGAGAGCAGGCAGAAGGACCAUGCACUCAUGACCAACUUCAGGGACAGCCUCAAGAUCAAGGUUUCGGACCUGACUGAGAAGCUGGAGGAGAGGAUGUAUCAGAUUUAUAAUCACCACAACAAGCUCAUUCAGGACAAGCUCCAAGAGUUCACCCAGAAAAUGGCAAAGAUCAGCCAUUUGGAAACAGAGCUCAAACAAGUGUGCCACAGCGUGGAGACUGUGUAUAAAGACCUGUGCGUGCAGCCGGAGGUAUGACCACACUCGAGGGGCGCACCGGAGGAGGGAGGGUUGAACCGGCUAAGAGGGAAGGAAGGCGACAGAAACCAAGGACGCUGGCACCGGCGCCCCGCCCUGAACCCCACACCGCCACAAUCACCGCAGAGGCCUCGGCGUGCUCGCCAUCUCGCUUGUGGCCCCUGUAACGUGGUGUGUCUGAGCUGAAAAGCCGGCUUGCUAUUUCCCACAGCUGUGUGGUCAGCUCCGUGGUGACAGAAAGGACAAAGUCCCCUCUGCCCACAGCCCUGAGCCCCGGGCUGUGCCUCACCUGGGUAUAGUUAUU